GUUAACCACUGCGCCACCAGGGCUCCUGGUAUUUCCAAAUCAGCAAAUACAAAACUGGCUCAUUUUCACAUCCCCGCAUCCCGCCCUGUUGUACAUGCCAGUAACCUAGCAUCAUCCUUGACACCUCCCUCUCCUCAGCUCCCCAACACACGGUCAGUAAGCAAGUCCUAUGGAUUCUACUUCCAAACGUCUGCUUAUUGUCACUAUCUCCGCUCUUGCCGUCUUCAUCCGCGCCACCAUCAAAUAGAACCAGCUUCAGUAACGGGUAGUCUCUUAUAUGUCUCCCAGAGCUGGCUUCAAUCUGUGCGCCUAGUUAGAAUAGGCUCUUCGCCUCCAUCCUCAUCUAUCUUUUUGCAUUGUUAAUACUCACCCUUUAGGUGUCAGCUUGAAUAUUAUUUCUUCAGAGACGAUCUCAAUUCAGAAGUCUUGGGAGAUACACCAAUUACAAGAACGUGGUUUUAAUGAAGUGAAGCAAAAGUCAUUAUCAAGCAUGUGCUAGUGCUUUCACAUAUGAUCUCUUACAACAACCACCCUGUGAAGUUCUAAUUUUGCCAGUUCUAAAGCUGGUGGUACCCCAGGUGUUUCUUGGCAUUCCUUGACAUGUAGGUUCCUCUUCACGUGGCCACCUUCGCUGUGCUGCUGUGUCUGUUCUCCUAAGAACACACCCGGAUGGGAAUAGGACCCGCUGUACUCUGGUGAAUUCAGAGACUAUGGGUAUACUGUUCAGAAUAAGAGGAGGCCUUGAUCUAGCUUUUCAGCUAGCUACUCCUGAUGAAAUUUUUGUGAAGAAAGCACUAAAACAUGUGUUGAGGGACCUGUCAGCCAAGCUGUCUUCAAACGCACUUGUGUUCAGAAUCUGCCGUAGUUCGGUGUAUGUAUGGCCUAACAGUGACAUGAACACCAUUCCUGGAGAACUGACUGACAGUUCUGCUUGUAAGAACAUAAUGCGCUUUAUUCAAUUUGAACAGGAAGAAGAUACACAACGAAAAUUCAUGAGAAAGAAAGAAAAAAAGUUACCAGACAUGCAUCAGAUAGUAAAUAUAGAUCUUAUGCUGGAAAUGUCAACCCCUCUGAGCGCUGUAACCCCCAUCAUUGAGAGAGAAAGCGGAGAACAUCACUACGUUAAUAUGACUUUACCAGUUGAUACAGUUUUAGCUGUUGCUCCGGAAGAACCAUGGGGAAAAGUUCGUAAACUUCUAGUGGAUGCAGUCCAUAGUCAACUAACUAAUAUGGAAAAAUGCAUUUUGAAAUAUAUGAAAGGAACCUCUAUUGUGGUACCUGAACCACUGCACUUUCUAUUACCAGGGGAAAAAAGUCUCGUAACAAUUUCAUAUCCAUCAGGAAUUCCAGAUGGUCAGCUGCAGGCCUACAGAAAGGAGUUACACGAGCUCUUCAAUCUGCCUCAUGACAGACCUUAUUUCAAAAGGUCUAAUGCUUAUCACUUUCCAGAUGAACCACACAGAGAUGGUUACAUUAGAAAUCCACAUACUUUUCUUAAUCCACCCAACAUAGAGUCUGGUAUGACUUACAUGGUCCAGGGCAUAUACAGUUAUCAUCACUAUAUGCAGGAUCGGAUAGAUGACAACGGCUGGGGCUGCGCUUACCGAUCUCUGCAGACGAUCUGCUCUUGGUUCAGACAUCAGGGAUACACUGAGAGAUCCAUCCCAACACACAGGGAAAUUCAGCAGGCUCUGGUUGAUGCCCGUGACAAACCAGCGACGUUUGUUGGAUCGCGGCAAUGGAUCGGAUCUAUUGAGGUGCAGCUGGUACUGAACCAGCUGAUUGGUGUAACUUCAAAAAUACUGUUUGUCAGCCAGGGUUCUGAAAUGGCUUCCAAAGGACGGGAACUGGCUAAUCAUUUCCAGAGUGAAGGAACUCCAAUCAUGAUCGGGGGAGGCGUUUUGGCCCACACAAUAUUAGGAGUUGCAUGGAAUGAGAUUACAGGGCAGAUAAAAUUUCUGAUUCUAGAUCCACAUUAUACGGGCGCUGAAGACCUGCAAGUGAUUUUGGAAAAGGGCUGGUGUGGCUGGAAGGGCCCAGACUUCUGGAACAAGGACGCUUACUAUAAUUUAUGUCUCCCUCAACGACCACAGAUCAUUUAAAAUACCUUGGACUCAAAGACUAUAGUAAGGUUAUACUGUACAUUUGUUAAUAAAGAACAAGUUUAAUUUCAGAUUCUAUUCUGGGUGUAACUGAUGGUUUAAACUAUGAUUUUUCUUCCAAGGUUAUAAAUACUUAACAAAGAAAAGAAUAUUCUUUAGACAUUUCUUUAAUAACUUCAGAGACAAAGCAUGUACAACCAGAAUAUAGGCAUGUAAAUACAUGUAUCCUUAAAAGUUACCUUCGCUUGGAAGGUUUUCCUCCUCCUUAGGGGCUCAGACACAUGCUGUGAGCCAAAAGCCACCGCUUGUAGCUGAGCAGCCGAUGCCCAUGAAGUGAAGGCCUUCUUCACAUCUCUUCCCAACCAACAUGACAGCUGUUUUUAGAAAACAUGUUACACAUUGUUGCUGUUGGCUGCCCUCGGUUCUGACCCUUGGUGACCCCAUGUGUGCAGAGUAGAAGCGCUUCAUAGGUUUUCCAGGCCGUGACCUUUCAGAAGCAGAUACCAAGCCUGUCUUCCAAGGCACCUCUAGGUGAGUUUAAACCACCAAACUUUCUGUUAGAAGUCCAGCACUUACCCACGUGCACCACAAAGGGACUGUAUUAAACAUUAAAAACUUUUUAAAAAGCUUUUCUCUCCAACCUUCUACCAUAAAGGACAACUUUUGGUCUCUAGAAUCUAGUUGUAGUAACUAUAACCAGUAUCAAAAUAUUUUAAUGAGAAUGAAAAUAUACAGUAGAAGGAAGAGUGCUAAUAUUUAAACGAAAAUUAAACUGUAUGCUAACAUACAAGAGAUCCUUGAGAAAGGAAGAAAGCAGCAGUAUAAAUUACUAACGCGUCCUUUUCCCAUUUGUAUUUUCUCUAUUCCCAAAAUGUCAUUUCUGCCUGAGCACAGGAACACAGUGACCCUGACCGGGCGGUGCACUUGGUCUUAGAGGCGCCAUACAUUUAAUUGUUGUAAGAAUCCUGGCACAUUCCAGAAAUCCACAUGACCACGCCAGGUCUUCAGCUGUUUGCCCAUUCUUAUUACAUAAACUAAAAUUAAGACAAAUUGAAUCAAAGUAAAACUGAUAAUUGAUUAGUGUUUUUUGUAUCUUCCCAACAAAGGAGUUUUGAGCUCAUACAAACAUCAGUUGUGGAAUUAAAGAGGUAAAGGAAGCACAGAGAAAUUUCACUUUGCACUUCUGUAUCCUCGGUGGUGAGCAGAGUCCAGGACAGAAUGGGCUUUCCAUUUUUUAAUUAAUGCAGUAGUAUUCAGUGUCCAGUACAGUGAAUAAGUACCCAAAGGCAGUCAGUGAGAAGUUCUAUAGAAUAAAUUUUCCUAAACCAAAAACUGAAGUGGAAUACUGCCAUAACAGAUGAAUGGAAUUACACUAAGUAUUACAAGAGACCCUUAUCGGCCUAAGUUAACUUUUCCAUGACGUUCCAUCAACUAGGUAAGCACCAUUUUUAAAAGCAUGUGUAGUUAAAC